UUAGUGACGUCAUACAGGUGUGACAUUAAAAAAGGUUGAGAUGUAAACACUGGCGUUGUGCUUAAUGUGUGUUUAAAAAAGAAAUUCAUUUUGAGAGGAUUUCAUAUUUGAUUUCUGUAAUAAUCACAGAUGUAAAGGAAAACAAAAUCAAGUUCAAGAUGAUGAAUGAAGACAUUGCUCAGACAGAUGUUCAGGAAGGAAUUGAAGCUGACACGAGAAAUAACGCCGCUACUAUAGAACACACCGAGGUUCAUAUUGACCUAGCAAAGCACAACAACAAUACCCCUGUCAUUACAACCGGUAGUACAGAUGCACCUGGAGUGAAGUACACGAGCAAUGAUACUGGACAGACAACCGUUGUUGUACAGACGAAGCCCGAUCCUGCUGAUAAGCCAAAAGACUUUGUUGUGACGUCAUGUUUUGUGAUAAUGCUAUGCAAUUUUUGUUGGGGUGUUGCAGGGUGGCAUUAUGGUUUGAAGGCAAAUUAUGCUUGGCAGCUAGGUGACGAAGUGGAGUGCAGGAAACAAGCGAAAAGGGCGAAAAUAUUUGUGAUAUGUGGCGUUAUAACCGGAAUUUUAACAUGGGUGCUUGCACUAACAUUGUUCUUCACACUUUCUCCCCUCCGGCCUGGGGCAUAGCACACACACACGACUACUUUAAUUUAUAUCAUAGCCAACUGUUCAAUGUUAUUGUUUAAGGUUAACCAACAUUAAGAUAUGAAAUAAUAAGGUGUGAAAUGUGUUUCAUGAAAUGAGUCGCGCCAUGAAAACCAACAAAGUGCGUUUGCGACCAUCAUGGAUCCAGACCAGCCUGCGCAUCCGUGCAGUCUGAUCAGGAUCCAUGCUGUUCGCUAUCAAUUUCUGUACUUGUAAAAGGGUCGGUAAGCGAACAGCAUGGAUCCUGACCAGACUGUGCGGAUGCGCAGCCUGGUCUGGAUCCAUGCUGGUCGCAAACGCACUAUGUUGGUUUUGUCAUGGCGCGGCUCAAAUGUUAACGGGUAAUAUAAGUCAGCUUGCUAUACCUCAAGAUUUCUGCUGCUUCAGAAGGUGCUGGCAAGUUCAUGUAAUUAACAAAUGGUCUCAAUGUAAUGUGGACUCUACUCGGAGAAAACAUUUAAUUAUGUGUCGACUUUUGUUCUGACAUCUGCAUUUGUCUGCGUUUUAUUUUAGAACGAUUUUUUUUUUUUUGGGGGGGGGGGGGGGGUGAUUUUUAAAAGCUCAAUCUCUAUAUCCUAUGUAACGUUUUUAAACUUGCACUUUACACAUUUUUUAAUCACUUGUAAAUAAAAAUAAAAAAAAACAAUCGCGUCAUUCAGCUACAGUCGGCGGCUGUGCUCCCUCCUUUAAGCUGUUUUUAAAAAUCGUUUAAAGUUCUCAUUUAUAGCGUCUAACGAGUUUGAGAGAACAUUUUCAAUUAUAGAUAUUGACAAUAGACUGAUCAUUCCAUAAUAAUUGCUUAAUUUUCUUAAAAAAAAAACAAACAUAUUUUCCUUGAGUAUAUUAGUCAUGUUUUAUUGAUCAUGUUUUAUUGUUUGUACAAAAAUACUCAUAAUAUGUAAAUAUGCAUUUUGUGUCAUAUUCAGGCAAAAAUUACUUUUUAUUGUAAAUUGAUUUUAGCGCUCAUCAGAUCUCAAGGAAUACAGUCAAAACAGUUGUUUCGGAUAUCAAUCUUUAUCUUGCUGAACAUCUUCUAUAACCAGUUUUUUAACAAAUGUGCAUUAUCAAUUUUGGGAUAUCUAGAAGAAUAUUCAAAGUUAAGUCAGCAAAUGCAUAGAGAGUCUGGUCAAAACUGGCCGGACAAGCUCUGUACUGGUUUUAGCAGGGUAAAUAUUAGCGCAGUUAUUCUGAAAUGUCUUCAACAGACAAAAACUUGUUCUAGCAAUGAGUGUUUAUUAUACUUAAAGGCACAUUAUGCCUCAGAAAUCCGUAAUUUUUAAUUCUUUAGAAAUGUCAAACAUUUGUUUAAUAAUGUUUUAAUGAUAGAUUUAUAGCAAACCAGAUGUUUAACAACUGAAGAAAGUAGCGAUAAACAUGCAGUAAUGUUUCAUAAAGGUAGUAAAAAUGUAAACAAAGUAGUAUUUUGACUUCCAUACAAAAUACUGAUUCCCUUUGAUUGCCAACUGGGCCAAAAAAAAAUUAAAAGAUAGUUCAUGUAUAUGGCCAAAAAUGUAUUUUAGGAAAUUGUAACAAUUAAGAUACCAAAAAUAAAAAAGUUUUUGAGAAAUAAAAACGAUAUCAUUUUUGAGGCAUAAUGGUCCUUUAAGUAUGAUGAACAUGUUUUGAGUCAUUAUGGAAAUAUUGAUCUGAUUAAUGUUUUUGUUGUUGUUGUUGUUUUUCUGGCAGCACUUUUCAGCAUUGUACAUAUACAUUUAUAUAUGUAUAUAUAUGUAGUUUUAUACGGUAUUUAUUUAGAAAACCUAGACUUUUUUAAGCAAAUCAUUGCGCGCUUCAGGCCUCUCCCUCGUGGAUUCAAUACAUCCGGGACUAAAGUGAUUAUCUUUUCGUCUGCCCAGAGUCACUGUUGAUCUAGAUACUCAUUGACCUUUAUAAUGGAUGCAGUUUGACUUCAGGCAUUAACGAACAAUAUUUACAAUGGUUUUAUUUAAUUUAAUAUGAUUAUUUUUGUACAAGUCAGCUGUAGUAAACAUCUGCAUACAUAUACAAUGACAACAUUUGAUGUAAGCUGAGACAUAAGAUAAUUUUCUUAUGUCCCAGUUGUAAGCUAUUUUUCGACAAACAUACCGUCAUGUGAAAAAACCUUGGUGACCCUUUAAAAGCAGGGGGUUUUUUUGUGACAGAAUUAUGCCCCUUUUCGACUUAGAAUUUAUGUUAAAGUUUUUGAAAUACCUCAAAUAUUUUCAAAGUAGAUUGAAACUUUGCACACUUGUUCACCAACAUGACCCCAACCUUUAGACAGGGGGAAGUAACUGUAUCAAGCAUUUUGACAGAAUUAUGCCCCUUUUUUGACUAAGAAUUUAUGUUAAAGUUUUUGUAAUACCUCAAAUAUUUUCAAAGUCCAUUGACAUAUGGCUUUGAAACUUUGCACCAUGACCCCAACCUUUAGGCAGGUUUGAAACAAGUUGAAAUUUUAUACUCUUUGAGAGCAUAAUACGACUCUCUCCAAGCACUAAGAAUAGUCGAGCGUUGCUGUCCUACCAACAGCUCUUGUUAAAACUGGCUACAAGAGUGCGGACGUUCGUUCAAACAAUUCAACCAAGGCCAAAAGCAGUAACAUUUUUGCCUUUUGGAUUUUUUGUUGAAGUUUUUAAUUUUAAUUAUGUGAUUUUCAUUUACACAAUAUAUUUAGAAUAGUCAAUCAAAUCGAGCCUGCAACAUUUUCAAUUUUGUCUUGCUAGGCUUUCUUUAAGGAUUCUUUUUUUCUCUUUAUUUAACAAAUAAAUGUUAUAAACACAAAAUUGAAAGGUGUGUCUCAUACUUGAGUGUGUGUCUUAUAAUUAGUUCCACAAUUCUUGCUGUUUGUAUCGUUGUCUCAAUGAUAUCCGACCCUUGCCGCUGUUGUAGAUCUUCCUUUUGCCAGAUCUUUUACUGUUUUAACACGUGUGCUACUUACUACAACUAUAUAUAUUGUCUAUUUUACAACGUUUUUAAAAAAUCAUAGAAAAUGGCGGUAACCAAUAGUUAGGGACCUCUCUAUUUUUAAUACAUGCUUGUAUUAUACAUACUAUAUUUUUUAACUUAUUUAUUGUUAAGUGUAUGAAUCUAUAUUUUAUUAUCAUAUUUACGCAAACAGAUUCUGAUACAAAUAAAUGUUUAAAAAAGUGUACUUAUCAUGGUAUCAUACAUUAUAUUUGUAAUAAAACAUUGCUAGAGA